UCCUACUUCGUCACAGAUUAUGAUCCAACAAUUGAAGAUUCCUACACCAAACAGUGUGUGAUAGAUGAGAGAGCUGCCCGGUUGGACAUUCUGGAUACAGCAGGACAAGAAGAAUUUGGAGCUAUGCGAGAACAGUAUAUGAGAACUGGAGAGGGCUUUCUCCUUGUCUUCUCGGUCACUGACAGAGGGAGUUUUGAAGAAAUUUACAAGUUUCAAAGGCAGAUUCUUAGAGUUAAAGACCGUGAUGAAUUUCCUAUGAUUCUAGUUGGUAACAAAGCAGACCUGGAUCAUCAAAGACAGGUAACACAAGAGGAAGGCCAGCAGCUAGCACGACAGCUUAAAGUAAAAUAUAUGGAAGCCUCAGCAAAAAUGCGAUUGAAUGUAGACCAAGCCUUUCAUGAACUUGUCAGAGUUAUAAGAAAAUUUCAAGAACAAGAGUGCCCUCCUUCACCAGAACCAACACGGAAAGAAAAAGACAAGAAAGGCUGUCAUUGUGUCAUUGUCUAAGAAUCCCAUGAAUCAAGCUAUCAACUGCCAGAUUAAUUUUUCUUUCCACCAUUUUGCAUCACUUUGGGUAUGUCUAGCCUUUUGUGCCAUGUCCUAUAAAUGGUCACCAAAAUAGCCUUAGUCUAAGAAGCUGGCUGAAUAUAGUCCUAGAAGACCACUCAGUCAUCUCAGGGCAAACUUCAAAGCAAAACACUAAGGCUGCUUCUUUAAAAUCACAGUUCCUAUUUUUCUCCCUUUAAGAGCUCGAACCUUGUGGAAUUUUAUUCAUAAAGGAGAUGAAACAACCUUAGAGGACAAGGUGUUCAAAUGAAGCAUAAAAGUUGUCUUACUUUAAUUUAUUUUCACUUCUGACAUUUCAUUAGCUACUAUUACGAGGGAGACCUUUAAUCAAAGUGUAUUUAAUAAUAGUAUUGGCUUUCUGCCCUUCAGCUAAAUUAGAUUUCAGAGUUCAGCUAGCCUUAAGAAACCAACACUGAAUUUCAUUGUCAGCAAAAAAUGUUUCAGCUUUUGUUUAUGCUGCAGCUUCUUUUCCAGUGGCCAAAAGUCUACUUCUUGUAUUUAUUUUAUGUAUCCAGAAGAGCUACAGGAUGAUUAUUAUUACUGCUAUUAUAAUGUGGCCAAAUACCUGGGCUCAUUCUGGACUAGCCAUUUCACUUUUACAAAAUUUCACAUCAUUGUUAGGGAAAAAAAUUAAUGUGUCUUCCUUUGACGUAUUUCUGGGUAAGGGAUUCAAGAAAACUAAAAUGUAGCUGUUUUUGUUUCAUGUAAUAUAAAAAGAUGGAUUUGAUCUUUCCAAUGUCAGAGAUGAUUAAAUGUUUUUGCUAUAUACUUUUAUACAUUAUUUUCUUAUCAAACUAGUUAACAAGUAUUUUUAUAUGUUUGUAAGCAAAUAUGCUUUCACAGCAUAACUUGUGUAUAUGUAAAGAUGAAUAUUUAAUUCUCACGGUUCACAUUUAACUGACAAAAUAAUACAGGAUAUGCUGAACUGUAGUGGAACUUCUCCUUAUUGUCCUGGUUAUACCCAGCAAUGGCCAAUCAUGUGCCUGCCCAACUUACCUCUAGAGAGUAACGUUUGGCAUGCUUUCAAGUAAUGUUCAGUGUCCCUUAUGAAAGACUGACUAUUAUGUGAACUAUAUUAAACUGUAAGGCUUUUAAAUGACUGUUUAGUUUAACUGUGGGUGGCUUUUGAAAAUUUUGAGUUCUGUGGAUUGUGUUUAAACAAUUCAAGAGUAUGUUCCCUAAUUCUGAAAUACGCAGUGGUAUUGCACAGUUGUCACCUUAAUUGAAUGUGUCCAACAGUUCUAUGAAGUGUGGUUAUUAAGCAUACCUUUGUACAACUUCAGGUGCUAGAAUUAAAGAUGAUCUAACCAUUA